AUGAACAGUCUGCUCAACAGACGGAUAUUCCAAGCCAGCGUCUGUGCCUUCAGACCCCAGCCUUCUGUCUUCAAGCCCGCCUCACAAGUCGUCGUAUCCAGUCUAUUUCGAUCACUAGCCCCAUUCAGGCCAUCACCCAGCCAGGCGAAGGGAUGGGUUCUCCGAUACCAAUCGAACACCACUCGUGAUCAUCAGGAACCUAGUAUACCCUCGAUCGGAUUCAGAGGACCUCACAAGGAACCCAAGUUGAAGAGCCUCGUCGCACGAAUUGAACCAUACCUUGCCCUGUCUAGAGUACGAGCUCCUAUAGGCGCCGUGUUACUCUUCCUCCCAUGCGGCUCGUCGCUCGCCUUGGCAGCCUCGAGCGCGGCAGUCAGUCCGCAAUUCUUGAUCGCCCAAAGCUGUAUUUUCGGCCUGGGUGCGUUCGUGAUGCGGGGUGCCGGAUGUACGAUCAACGAUCUCUGGGACCGCUCGAUCGAUAAAAAAGUUUCCCGGACUCAACUCAGGCCGCUAGCCUCCGGCGCACUCUCUCCAAUCAAUGCGGUCGGCUGGCUUGGCAUUCAGCUUUCGAUCGGCUUGGCUAUUCUACUCCAAUUGAAUAUGUAUAGCAUCCUACUCGGUGCUUCUUCGCUCUCUCUAGUCAUAAUUUAUCCUCUAAUGAAACGAAUUACCUAUUGGCCACAACUCGUACUAGGAUUGGCGUUUAACUGGGGGGCACUGCUUGGAUCAUCAGCCAUACUGGGACAAACGGACUGGAAAGUGUCGGUACCGUUGUACGUGGGGAACAUAUGCUGGACGAUAGUGUAUGAUACGAUCUACGCCCAGCAGGAUAAGAAAUUCGAUGUACUUGCUGGAGUCAAAUCCACCGCCCUUCUUUUUGGCUCUCGACCAGUACCCAUCUUGGCCGGAUUUUCCACUGCCUUCGUGGGCUUUACAGCUCUCAGUGGCUUCAUGAAUGGCUGUGGAAUCGCAUUUUAUACUGUAGCUGUCGUCGCACCGGCAAUUCAUCUGGCACAUCUCCUCAGAAAACUCGAUCCGGACUCCCCUGCUGCCUGUCACAACAGCUUCAUCGCUAGCGCUAUUACUGGUUCAUUGGUCUGGCUAGGCUGUCUUCUUGAUUAUUGCGUUCGGUCCUUUCUCAUUUGA